AGCCAAUCUCGCGUGAUGAGACUUGCGGUGUCGCGAUUUUCUCUAAGACAGGAGACUAGGAUCCUGUAGUAAUCAAUUUUGCGGGAGGUGUAAAUUGCGGGCUGUGUUAGGGAAAUCGGGACUGAUGGGCAGUAUGAAAGCUGUGUAGGGGAAAUAAGAUGCAGACAUCAUAGAAAGCUUCCUCCUGAUAUCUGCAGUUGGGGGCCCGAUAAUCCAAGUAAGGGUAGCACAGCCGGGCCCCCUUAACACCCCAAAUCCAUCGGGCCCGGUACGACUGUCCCUAUCACCCGAUGGCGGCCAUGUCGGUGAGCAUUUACACUCUGCCUGCAAUGGAGUCCCAGCUCCAAAGCAUAUUCGAGGAGAUGGUGAAAACUGAAAUCAUUGAGGAAGCUUUUGCUGGCAUGUUUAUGGACACACCUGAGGAUGAAAGAACGAAGCUUAUCAGCUGCCUUGGAGCUUUUAGACAGUACUGGAGUGUCCUUCCUCAGGAAUCCCAUGAGCAAUGUGUCCAGUGGAUUGUAAAAUUCAUCCAUGGGCAGCACAGUCCAAAAAGAAUCUCUUUCCUCUAUGACUGUUUAGCAAUGGCAGUGGAAACAGGACUUUUACCACCAAGAAUGGUUUGUGAAGCCUUGAUAAAUUCUGAUUCCCUGGAAUGGGAAAGAACCCAACUGUGGAUUCUAACAUUUAAACUAAUCAGGAAGAUCAUUGGUGGUGUUGACUAUAAGGGUGUACGAGAUCUUCUAAAAGUGAUACUGGAGAAAAUCCAAACUGUACCUGAUACUGUCAGCUCUGCAGUUGUACAACAGCUGUUAGCUGCAAGAGAGGUAGUGGCUUACAUUCUCGAGAGAAAUGCUUGCCUUCUUCCUGCAUACCUUGCCGUUACAGAAGUACUAAAACUAUAUCCGGAGGGAAAGCUCCCACACUGGUUGCUUGGGGACCUUGUGUCAGACUUUGUGGAUAGUUUUCGGCCUACAGCAAGAAUCGGUUCAAUAUGUGGACGCUGCAGUUUACUGCCUGUGGUAAAUAACUCUGGUGCGAUCUGUAACUCCUGGAAACUGGAUCCUCUGACUUUACGUUUUCCAUUAAAAGGACUGUUGCCUUAUGAUAAGGAUUUAUUCGAACCCCAGACUGCUCUUUUGAGAUAUGUUCUGGAACAGCCCUACUCUCGUGACAUGGUGUGCAACAUGCUGGGUCUGAACAAACAGACCUUGAACAUUGCUCAGCACAAGCAACGCUGCCCAGUUUUGGAGGACCAGCUUGUCGAUCUGGUGGUGUAUGCCAUGGAACGCUCUGAAACAGAGGAGAAAUAUGAUGAUGGUGGAACAAGCCAGCUGCUAUGGCAGCAUCUUUCCAGCCAACUCAUUUUCUUUGUGCUCUUUCAGUUUGCCAGUUUUCCUCACAUGGUCUUGUCUCUCCAUCAAAAGCUGGCAGGCCGCGGCCUCAUUAAAGGUAGAGAUCACCUCAUGUGGGUGCUGCUGCAGUUCAUCUCCGGAAGUAUCCAAAAGAAUGCUUUGGCCGAUUUUUUACCAGUCAUGAAGCUAUUCGACCUCUUGUACCCAGAAAAAGAAUGUAUCCCUGUGCCUGAUAUCACCAAACCCCAGUCUACACACUCAUUUGCAAUGACCUGUAUCUGGAUCCAUUUAAACAGGAAGGCUCAGAAUGACAACUCCAAACUUCAGAUCCCAAUCCCUCAUUCUCUAAAACUUCAUCAUGAAUUCCUGCAGCAGAGUCUGAGAAACAAAAGCUUGCAGAUGACCGAUUACAAAAUAGCUUUGCUUUGCAACGCUUAUUCUACAAACUCCGAAUGUUUCACAUUGCCCAUGGGGGUGCUGGUGGAAACUAUUUAUGGCAAUGGAAAUGUCAAUAUACCACUUCCAGGAUCUAACUGUAUGGCUUCAGGUUCUAUAACACCACUGCCAAUGAACUUGUUGGAUUCUCUAACUGUGCAUGCUAAAAUGAGCCUCAUUCAUAGCAUUGCUACCCGAGUGAUUAAAAUGGCCCAAGCGAAAUCCACCUUUGCUUUGGCUCCUGCGCUUGUGGAAACAUACAGUCGCUUGUUAGUUUAUAUGGAGAUUGAAUCACUUGGCAUUAAAGGAUUCAUAAGCCAGCUUUUGCCUACAGUUUUUAAGUCGCAUGCCUGGGGGAUCCUUCACACCCUGCUGGAAAUGUUCAGUUAUCGAAUGCACCACAUUCAGCCUCACUACCGAGUACAACUUCUGAGCCACCUUCAUUCACUUGCUGGUGUUCCACAGACAAAUCAGAACCAACUUCAUCUAUGUGUUGAGAGUACAGCUCUGAGAUUGAUCACCGCUCUUGGCAGCUCUGAAGUGCAACCACAAUUCACACGUUUCCUCAGUGACCCCAAAACUGUCUUAUCAGCAGAGUCGGAGGAGCUUAACAGAGCUCUUAUACUUACCAUAGCAAGAGCCACACAUGUUACUGAUUUUUUCACAGGCUCUGAAUCAAUACAAGGCACGUGGUGCAAAGACAUUCUCCAAACCAUAAUCAGCUUUACACCUCACAACUGGGCCUUGCAUACACUUAGCUGUUUUCCAGCACCGCUGCAGGCUUUCUUCAAGCAGAACAAUGUGCCACAAGAAAGUCGUUUCAACCUCAAAAAGAAUGUUGAGGAAGAGUACAGAAAGUGGAAGUCCAUGACCAAUGAGAACGACAUAAUCACGCAUUUCUCCUUGCAGGGCUCACCCCCUCUAUUCCUUUGUCUUCUGUGGAAGAUGCUUUUAGAAACAGAUCAGAUUAAUCAAAUUGGUUACAGGGUCCUGGAGAGAAUAGGAGCUAGAGCUCUUGUUGCUCAUGUCAGAACUUUUGCAGAUUUUCUAGUGUAUGAAUUUUCUACCUCAGCAGGAGGCCAGCAACUCAAUAAGUGUAUUGAGAUGCUUAACGACAUGGUGUGGAAGUAUAACAUUGUGACCUUGGAUCGACUGAUAUUGUGCUUGGCCAUGCGCAGCCAUGAAGGAAAUGAAGCCCAGGUGUGCUACUUCAUUAUUCAGCUGCUGCUUCUGAAACCAAAUGACUUCAGAAACCGAGUAAGCGACUUUGUGAAGGAAAAUUCCCCAGAGCACUGGCUUCAGAAUGACUGGCAUACCAAACACAUGAAUUACCAUAAGAAGUAUCCAGAAAAACUGUACUUUGAAGGCCUUGCAGAACAGGUUAACCCACCAGUACAGAUCCAGCCCCAGUAUCUUCCUAUUUAUUUUGGAAAUGUUUGCCUCCGAUUCUUGCCUGUGUUCGACAUAGUCAUCCACCGCUUUCUGGAGUUAAUUCCUGUUUCUAAGUCUCUGGAGACUCUCCUUGAUCAUCUGGGCGGCUUGUACAAGUUCCACGAUCGCCCGGUGACCUACUUAUACAAUACACUUCACUACUACGAGAUGCAGCUUAGGGACCGGACAAACCUAAAGCGGAAGCUUGUUCAUGCUAUCAUUGGCUCUCUCAAGGAUAACAGGCCCCAGGGGUGGUGCUUGAGUGACACAUACCUGAAGUUUGGUAUGAAUCCCAGAGACGACAACCCUUGGAUCCCUGAUGAUACUUAUUAUUGCAAGCUGAUUGGCCGACUGGUUGACACUAUGGCUGGCAAAUCUCCCGGGCCCUUUCCAAAUUGUGACUGGAGGUUCAACGAGUUUCCCAAUCCAGCUGCGCAUGCUCUUCAUGUUACCUGUGUGGAAUUGAUGGCAUUAGCUGUUCCAGGGAAAGAUGUGGGCAACGCUCUUCUUAAUGUUGUCCUAAAGAGCCAGCCACUGGUGCCAAGAGAGAAUAUCACUGCUUGGAUGAAUGCGAUUGGACUCAUCAUUACUGCUCUUCCAGAACCAUACUGGAUAGUUCUUCAUGACCGGAUUGUAAAUAUCCUCAACAGCCCUAGCUUAACAUCUGAGACAGAAUGGGUUGGUUAUCCUUUCCAGCUUUUUGAUUUUACAGCUUGUCACAAGGCUUACUCUGAAAUGAGCUGUAGUUACACCCUCGCUUUGGCCCAUGCAGUAUGGCAUCAUUCCAGCAUUGGACAGCUGUCACUCAUCCCAAAAUUUCUUCCUGAAGUGCUUAUACCCAUUGUGAAAACGGAGUACCAGUUACUUUAUGUCUAUCAUCUUAUUGGUCCCUUUCUGCAACGCUUCCAGCAAGAACGCACAAGAUGCAUGAUUGAGAUCGGCGUAGCAUUCUAUGAAAUGCUUUUGAAUGUAGAUCAGUGCAGCACUCACCUAAGCUUUAUGGAUCCAGUCUGUGAUUUCCUAUACCACAUGAAGUAUAUGUUUACUGGGGACAGUAUAAAAGACCAGGUAGAAAAGAUCAUCUGUAAUCUAAGGCCUGCUUUAAAACUCCGGCUACGCCACAUCACUCACAUUAGCACAGAGUCGGCCGCUCCACCUCCCCCACCCAUGAAUAGCGGCUCUCCAGCUCCACAGCCCAACCAAGUACCCGUGAGUGUUCCUCUGACAGUCACUCAGUGAAAACAGACUCCAAUUGUCCAGUCAAUAGGCCGCACUUUUGAAUCGAUGGAGUUGUACUUUGUGGGCAGUUACAGAUCAAUCAGCAAUUUUCUGUCCUCGUCGGACUAGAUUAUUUUUCUAUUUCAAUUGAAUGUUAUGUGGAUAAAUGAAUCUGUGUACUACAGAGAACAGCUCACCUAAUGGAAAUACACAUAAUAUUUAGUUACAGAAAUAGUGAAGGAGCUCAUGGUGUGAAAAGUGCAAAAGGACAUACCCACGCUCUGCCUACAAAGCACUAUCUUGGCACGGAACAGUGUUUGAAUGUGUUUACUAGUUGUCUUUCACUCUGUUCCUGUAAAACUUUGACAGCUUUGUUGUUUUUCCUCCUUCCAGGGGAGGAGAGCUUAACAUGAGUUGGCUUCUUUUUUUUUUUUUAUAAAGUGAACUCUUAACAUAACUGCUGUGUUUUGGAAAUCCUCUUUUGUAUAUUUUGAUCUCUUCUGCUUAUGAUUUAAAAGUAUAGAUAUGAAGGCUGUACUAAUUAUGAAAAAAGUUUUUUUUUUUUUUUCUUUUUUAAAUAAAGUUAACAUCCAGGCUAACCUUGUGGUGGAUGAAAUGUUCACUAUCCAGGUCUUAAAGCCCUUA